GCCCUAUCUAUCUGUACGAUUGCUUGAAUUCCUCCUCUCUAAUGGCGGCUCAGAACAUAACAGAGUACGAACGUCGAAGACUUGAAAACAUCAAACGAAAUGACGAAAUGCUUACUUCUCUCAAGAUCCAUUCCAAACUUCAAGAAAUUUCUACCGCCGUUAAGCGUGAAAGAACACAGAGUAAAAGAUACAAAGUCAGUCCGACGAAGAAACCAAGAAGCGAAACGUCAACAAUCAUCCGGCGAUCUCUUCGUGUCAGAGGACAGCCCCCAGAUGCCGCUACAAUCAAUGGGCUCAAAGAUGAUUUUGUUGAAACCCCAAGGAAAUCCAUAAAUUCAAAACCUUUUUCUAAACCGUUUCCUCCAAAUUUGGGACCCAUUAGCAUGAGAGAUGCGUACAGUAGCGAUGACUAUGAUGUUGAACUCUCUGAAAAGAUUUUGUCUGCUUCUUCUAACUGUGAAUCUUGUUUUGAUGAGAAGUUAGAAGUCUCGAAGAUGAUUGAUUUAGAUUUACUAAAGUUGAAGCCGGAAAAUAUUGCUAGAGUGUUGCCAAAUAGAAUCUUAUCUAUGAAAUUCUUACCCUCAAUAGACAUGAAAAUGAUUGUUGCAGGGAAUAAUUUAGGAAAUGUUUGUUUUUGGGAUAUUGAUUCUGAUAAGAAGGGAGAUGGAAUUUAUCUGUUCCGUCCACAUUCUGCGCCUGUUUCGGGGAUUGCUGUUCAAUCUUUUUCCCAAGCAAAGGUGUUCAGCAGCGGCUAUGAUGGAUGUGUACGACUGAUGGACGUUGAAAAGGAGGUUUUUGAUCUCCUGUAUUCCAGUGAUGACGCAAUAUUUUCUCUUGGUCAACAACCAAAUAAUCAGAAGUCCUUGUAUUUUGGUGAGGGGAAAGGAGUUGUAAAUGUAUGGGAUAAUAAUGCAGGAAAGUCUUCAAAUUCAUGGGCUUUGCAUGAAUCCAGAAUUAAUACCAUCGAUUUCAACCCAGCAAAUGCCAAUGUCAUGGCAACAAGUUCAAGUGACGGCACUGCCUGCAUUUGGGAUUUGAGAAAAAUGAAUAAAGACAAGCCACGGUGUAUACGAGAAGUUCUACAUGAAAAGGCUGUAAAUUCUGCCUAUUUUUCACCCUCAGGGGGGUCUCUUGCAACAAUAAGUUACGAUAACAAGAUUGGCUUGUCAACUGGUGCUACUUUCGAGAAUAUAACAAUGAUAAGCCACUACAAUCAUACAGGAAGAUGGAUUUCUCCUUUCAGAGCAAUAUGGAGUUGGGAUGACUCAAGCCUCUUCGUUGGCAAUAUGAGAAGAGGAGUAGAUGUCAUUUCCACUGAACAGAAAAGAACAGAAACAACUUUACAAAGCCCUCAUUUGUCUGCAAUUACAUGUCGUUUCGAUAUCCACCCCUACCAUGUUGGAAUGCUUGCCGGAGCGACCAGUGGUGGUCAAAUCUAUAUUUGGACACCAUAAUAAUACUUGGUACAUUUGACUUGCUUUUUCACAUAGAACUCUGUUUCUAGAUAGCUUAAAAUGUUUGUUGCUAUUGGAUUUGUCAUUAAUGUAAAGACUGUCAAAACUGAAGUAGAAAUUAAUUAUUGCUAUUGUCUUUCUACUUU